CCCGCUCGUGCUGCAGCUGCGGUCAUGAUGACCACGUCCGCCUCCCGCAGACCAUGUUCCAUGUUUCUUUUAGGUAUAUCUUUGGAAUUCCUCCCCUGAUCCUCGUUCUGUUGCCAGUCGCGUCAUCUGAUUGUGAGAUUGAAGGUAAAAGUGGUGAAGAGUAUCAGCAUGUUUUCAUGGUCAGCUUCGAAAGCAUCCUGGACAAGAUAAGAGAAAAUGAUAGCAAUUGCCGGAAUAGUGAACCUAACUUUUUUAAAAAGCAUUCAUGUGAUGAAGAUAAGGAAGCUAUGUUUUUAAAAACUGCUGCUCGCAAGUUGAAGCAAUUUCUUAAAAUGAAUAUCAGUGAGGAAUUCAAGCUCCACUUAUCAAUAGUUUCACAGGGCACUUUAAAACUGUUGAACUGCACCGGGAAGGAUAAAGAAAAAAAACAACCUUCCCUGGGUGAAGCUCAACCCACUAAGAAUUUGGAAGAGAAAAAAUCUUCAAAGGAACAGAAAAAACAGGAUGAAAUGUGUUUCCUAAAGAUACUACUAGAAAAGAUAAAAACUUGUUGGAAUAAAAUUUUGAGCGGCACUAAAGAACAUUGAAAAAUAUGGCAUGGCCAUAUAAAAACAUGAACUAGGGUUGCAUCCUUCAGGAAUCAACCUGCUCGUGCAAUUUUUUGGGGACAGAACGCCUCCUAGAAGUUACUGAAUGCGUCCUGGUAAAAAUGGGUUAGAGCAAUUGAGAAAUACAUACUGUGGUACUAGAAGGGACACAAACAAUGGAAACUGAAUGCUGCAAUCAACAAACUCUUUCAUGUGUAAGUGGACAUAUAUCAGCUAGUGUUAAUUUUGGGUUGAUUUUUAUAAGAUGAUCCAUGUAGGGUAUUAGCUGCAAUAAAACAUUUUCA